CUUUCUACGGUUCACUGGGCUGAGUCAGUGAUGUUUCAGUGUUUCACCUUCCAGCCCUGCAUAUAAAGACCUGAGGUGGAGGGAGACCCCUCUAUACAGAGAGUGUUUCACCCCAGCAUGAGCAGCAGCAGGGGACAGAGAGUGUGGAGUUAAAACAUGCCCAACCUAAUCAUCACAGAAACACUGACACAAACACAGCACUUCAAUAUGGAGCAGGACGACAGGAGGAGGAACAAGAACUUAGGAAAGAACUUUAUGUGCCGACUGCAAUGCAUGUUCUCACAUUCAUCCACCUCUGAGAGCAGGCUAAGUUUAGAAGAUACCCAACAAUGGUCUCAGUCACUGGAGAGACUCCUCGAGUCUAAAUAUGGACUGGCCACCUUCAGAACCUUUCUGAAGUCUGAAUUCAGCGAUGAGAACAUUGAGUUCUGGCUGACGUGUGAGGAGUACAAGAAAAUCAAGUCUUCAUUCAGAAUGUCAUCGAAGGCAAAGAAAAUAUAUGAGCAUUUCAUAAAGGCUGAGGCUCCUAAAGAGAUAAACAUUGACUACCACACGAGGGAGCAGAUCAAGAGGGCCGUGAAGAAUCCUACACUCCAGUGCUUUGACGAUGCCCAGAAGAUUGUCUAUGGGCUGAUGGAGAGAGACUCGUACCCUCGCUUCCUGCGCUCAGACAUUUACCGAUCCCUCCUGGAGUCCCUCGCCACUGACGCCGUCAAGGGCUGAUAGGAGCGGAUUAGACAACACGAGAACAUGAAAACAGUAACUGGAAUGUUUGGGCUUCUACAGGAUGGAAGGCUGACCAAGCACAGAGAGACUGACAGGCCUUUGUCCCUACAAACCAUGGUCCCCACAAUGAAGGACCACACCCUGAAACACUGCAAGUGGGAUUCGCCAAGAGAAAAAGAAGGACAGAAGGAAAGGUAGAGAGGAUAUGAGGAACGCUACAGCACUGUGAUUGCACUGGAUGCUGCUGUCCUUUCUGUGACUCUGGAAGUGAUGUCAUAUCAUAGGUGAUGUGUGUGUGUGUGCGCAACAGGAUGCCUAUGAUACUGUGAUAAGACAUGAGAUGCAAGGUGGACUUUCACUAGCAACACUAACCUAUGUGGUCUGGAGUGAAACGAAGGAGAGAGCGCGCAUACAAUGGAUACCAGCCCAAAAUAAUAUACUGUACUUAAUAAUAUUCACAUUUCGUCUCUAAAUUCAAUCCAGUUUUUUGAAAGGCGGUUGGAUCUUUAGAUUUGCAAGGCAGUUAAAGACUUCUUACACUGUCUAUCAUUGAAGAAUGACCUAUUUAGAAGUAGAGGUUAAGUUGUGUGAGUGCAAUUGUAGAGAGAAGAGUAGCCUAUGUCCCACUUUGUAUAUUGAACUUUGAACUCCUACUUCUCUGAUGCAGAAUAUUUUUUGAUUGCUUACAGAGCAAGCACAAUACAAUGUUGAUAAAUUAAGAUUAGAAUUUUGUACUAUUUAUUACACACAGUCACUGUUUGGAUUCUGACUUUUGCAAUGCUUGUAAAAAUGUUCACGAUUAGAUAGGAUGACAUUAAAUUAUUUGCAGACAAAUUA